AGAAAGUAACUAAUACUGAUGUUGAGAUAAAUUUCCCUGUUAUUAAGACAAAUAAGGAAGAUAGUGCAAAUAUGAAUCAGACUCUAGUACCUCAGUGUCACUAUACACAGGAUGAUGAUGAUUUCAUAUCAGCCGAGUGGUCGACAAAGGGCUGUAAAACGAUAUAUGACGAUUACUUCAAAAGCGGCGUGACGUGUAUAUGCACUCACUUGACAUCAUUUGUCAUUUUGAUGAAACCAGAACAGAUAAAUGAGAACAAGAUUUUGACCCAGCUUACUAACGUUGGAGUUGCAAUUUCCAGUGCUUCUCUAAUCAUAUCUCUCGGAAUCAUGUGCGGUUUCAAAUCGCAUGCUGUUUUAUUGCCGCUUGUUUGCAUUACAGUCUCUUGGCAGCUUUCUCGUGGAUGGUGAUUAUAUCGACAGAUGUGUACAUGAAGAUUAAUCAUCCGUUUGCUGAUCAUAUAAAGCGCUUCACUUACAGUCGGUUCAUUGGUUGGUUUGGACCUGUCAUUGUCGUUGGGCCGACAGCUGGUAUAGCAAGAGGGAACUAUGUAUCUGAUGAGUGUUGGUUGAAUGCUAAAUCUGGUUCCAUCUGGACUUUCAUUUUUCCCGUGUACAUCUCCAAUUUGGUUGUUCUCGUGCAGUUGAUUGUAAUUGGAUAUGUAGCUUUCAAGAAGUCUCAACUACCAAGCCAAACUGAAGAAGAAAUGCAAACGCUCAAACGGAUCAGAAAUAUGUUUCUUGGUAUAUUGUUCCUUGUACCAGCAGUUGGACUUUCAUGGAUUUUCGGUGGUAUCAUCGUUUUUUGCGACUGGCAAGCAAUGGAAUGUAUUUAUGUUAUCGUGAAUUCCAUGCAAGGGUUCUUGAUCCUGCUGUCACAGUUCGUCUUCAGCAAUGAGGUUCGAUGAUAUUCUAUUAGUUCACUGUUGACAGCUUAACUCCUAACUGACGAAAA